GGAGGAACGUGCUGAGCACUCGCCGUCUCUUCUGCCUCUCGCCGUCGUUGCUGUUCUCGCAUUUGCGGUUUCGAGAUGGGGAAGUCGUACCAUGUGGUGAGCGAUGAGUACUUGAAGGCGGUGGAGAAGGCGAAGAGGAAGCUUCGCGGUUUCAUCGCCGAGAAGAAUUGCGCCCCCUUGAUGCUCCGCCUAGCGUGGCACUCGGCGGGAACGUACGACGUGGUGUCGAAGACCGGUGGGCCGUUCGGGACGAUUCGGAACCAGGCGGAGCUCGCCCACGGCGCCAACAACGGGCUCGACAUCGCCGUCAGGCUCUUGGAGCCCAUCAAGGCGCAGUUCCCUAUCUUGACCUACGCUGACUUCUACCAGCUUGCGGGAGUCGUGGCCGUGGAAAUUACCGGAGGACCCGAGAUCCCUUUCCAUCCCGGAAGGGAGGACAAGCCUGAACCUCCUGUUGAAGGUCGUCUUCCUGAUGCUACCAAGGGUUGUGAUCACCUUAGGGAUGUGUUUGGACACAUGGGUCUCAGUGAUCAGGACAUUGUUGCACUGUCUGGUGGUCACACACUGGGAAGGUGCCACAAGGAGCGGUCAGGCUUUGAAGGGGCUUGGACUCCCAACCCUCUUAUUUUCGACAACUCAUAUUUCAAGGAACUCGUGAGCGGAGAGAAAGAAGGCCUUCUCCAGCUGCCGUCCGACAAGGCCCUCCUGACUGAUCCCGUGUUCCGCCCGCUUGUUGAAAAAUAUGCUGCUGAUGAGGAGGCAUUCUUUGCCGACUAUGCUGAAGCACACCUGAAGCUGUCGGAACUUGGAUUUGCCGAGGCUUGAAGAAUGGAGUUGUGGAUCUAGCAAGACAAGGUUUUGAGGUGCUAUCUUCUCUCUAGAAUCAUCAGAAACAUUUAGAAAUAAAAUUCUAUGGUUGUAUGCCGUUUCCUGUCGUAGUUGAUGUUUGUUUAAUAUCAGACUUUGUUUUGUGACA